AUGUCGGCUCGCGAACCCCCCUCGGCCCCAUUGCUGGUCAUCCUGGGGUCUACGGGUACCGGGAAGUCUGAGCUUGCCGUCGAUCUGGCAGCACGCUUCAAUGGCGAGAUCAUAAACGCAGAUGCCAUGCAAAUGUACAAGGGUUUGCCCAUCAUUACCAAUAAGAUCUCACUGGAAGAGCAACGCUCUAUUCCACAUCACCUUCUGGGCAACAUCAGUUUGGACCAGGAAACCUGGGUCGUGGGAGUUUUCAAGCGCGAAGCCACCCGCGUCAUUCAAGAAAUUCGCAGCAGAGGCAGGGUACCUAUAGUCGUCGGAGGUACCCAUUACUACACCAAUGCCUUGCUUUUCAGAGACAGCCUGGUGGAGAAGGAGGAUGCAUCCCCCGACACUACGCUGGUCCAAGACAACUCGGCCCAACAUCCGAUCUUGAACGGUACCACCGAAGCCAUGUGGGAAAAACUCAGAGAGGUCGAUCCUGUCAUGGCUGACAGGUGGCAUCCCAACGACAGACGAAAAAUACGUCGCUCCCUAGAAAUAUUUCUCACCACGGGGAGGCCAGCAUCCGAAAUCUACGCCGAGCAGCAGACUAGGAAGAGAGCUGAAGCUGCGCUGCAACAGGACUUUUCAAAGCCUGACGCUGUGCUCUUCUGGGUCCACUCCGAGGCUCAAGUGCUAAAGGACCGACUUGACAGCAGAGUUAAUAAAAUGCUGGAUAAUGGUCUUAUGGACGAGGUCACGGAAGUCAACGAUUAUCUCAAGUCUAAAUUGGAAUCCGGAGAGCCUGUUGACUUCAGUAGGGGCAUAUGGCAGUCGAUUGGCUUCAAGGAAUUUCAGCCUUACCUGGGAGCCGUGGAAAGGGGUGCUGAUGCCAAGGAUCUUGAGAAACUGAGGCUCGAGUGCCUUGAAGUCAUGAAAACCGCGACCAAGAGAUAUGCCAAAUACCAAACGAAAUGGAUAUCGAAGCAGACGUUGCCUUCGUUGGAAGAGGAAGGGGACCAGGACCGGCUUUAUGUGCUAGACAGCACUGAUGUCGCGCGGUACUCUGAAGAUGUCCUCGACAAGGCAGCCUUCUUGACACAACUGUUUCUGGCCGGAGAUGAGAUGCCAGAUCCUUCCAGUGUAUCAGACGCCGCCAAAAUUGUGCUGAACACUGCCAUCAAGUCUGCCACUUCUGCACAAGGCACACCCUGCCGAAAGCAUUGCUCAACCUGCGAUACCACUCUGCUGACAGAGGAAGCGAUGAUGACCACAAAGCUGUGUAUCAUCAUUGCGAAGCCACCAGCCCAUAUACGACAAGAUACACACAGUCUCGACUCUGGAGUUGUACACGUCGCCACACGGGAGUUCUGCCAUGAAGACUUCUUUUCUGGCUCGCGCCGUGAUGGACGCAGCACCGAAGAACUGACAGGCCAAUCCAAGUCCGCUAAAGAAAUCGGCGUGCUUUCUGAGAGCUGGUGGGUCUUGAUGAGUGUGAGUAUGCCCGAAGAUGAUGCCCUACAGCCAAUGUGA